AUGUCAGGAAAGAAUCAAACCAUCAUCUCUGAGUUCAUCCUCUUGGGCCUGUCCAUUGAUCCAGAGCAGCAAAACCUGUUCUAUGCUCUGUUGCUGGCCAUGUAUGUUACCACUCUCCUGGGCAACCUCACCAUUAUCAUUCUCAUUCAACUGGACUCCCACCUCCACACACCCAUGUAUUUGUUUCUAAGUAACUUGUCCUUCUCUGACCUCUGCUUCUCUUCUGUGACCAUUCCCAAAUUUCUGCAGAACAUGCAGAGUCACGUCCCAUCCAUCCCCUAUGCAGGCUGCCUGGCCCAGAUGUACUUUUUUCUGUUUUUUGGUGACCUGGAGAGCUUUCUCCUUGUUGCCAUGGCAUAUGACCGCUAUGUGGCCAUCUGUUUCCCCUUGCACUACACCACCAUCAUGAACUCCCAGCUCUGUGUCAUCCUUGUGGCAAUUUCCUGCGUGCUGACCACAUUCCAUGGCAUGCUGCACACCCUGCUCAUGGCCAGGUUGCAUUUUUGUGCAGACAAUGUGAUCCCCCACUUUUUCUGUGAUAUGUCUGCGCUGCUGAAGCUGGCCUGCUCUGACACUCGAGUUAAUGAGUUGGUGAUAUUUAUCACGGGAGGGCUCAUUCUCAUCAUCCCAUUCUUACUCAUCAUCAUGUCCUAUGUUCGAAUCGUUGCCUCCAUCCUCAAGGUGCCUUCUGCCAGGGGGAUCCGUAAGGCUUUCUCCACCUGUGGCUCCCACCUCUCUGUGGUGUCACUGCUCUAUGGGACGGUUAUCGGUCUCUACUUAUGUCCAUCAACUAAUAAUUCUACUGUUAAGGAGACUGCCAUGGCCAUGAUGUACACUGUGGUGACCCCCAUGCUGAACCCCUUCAUCUACAGUCUGAGGAACAGAGACAUGAAGGCAGCUCUCAGAAGGGUCUUCUUUAAGAGAAAAGUUCUCUCAUUUCUAUGA